AUGUCAGCUACCCUCGGUAUUCUCUUUCUCUUCCUCGCUAUUGGAGAAGCAUCUAAAGCAAAGGUAUCCAUAUGCGAUCCAUCAGAGAUCCUUAACAUUGCACAAGAACAGGUUUUUAACCGGUCUCUCUUGACACACGCGGUUAUGGAGGCCGCUGGGCUGCCAUCUGAUGGCGAUCUCCUCUCUACAGUUAACAGAUCAAACUACUUCAAGAUGAGUUCGUGCCUGCGCUUCCUCGACUUGGGCUCAUACGCAGCAAAUUCCUUAGUUCAGAAUCUAGGAACGAGCAAGUGUCGAUCAUUUUCGACGAUAGGUAUUGUAGGAGGGUUUCGCUCGGAUUACCUUCUUCAUUACGUCAAGACAAUGUCUCCACCAGACAAUACCUGUGUAAGUGACAACACAAUCACAUUUGUUCUUCCAAGACUAACUCAUGCAUCGCAAAUGAACCGCAACUUAACCAUCUGGACUGUCGUACUUCUUGUCAUACUCAUUGUGGGGACGUGCUGGUGGAUGAUGGCCAUGGAUGAAGCGAAACCUGACGACCUCGACGAUAAUUUUACGGACCUGCUGUUUAAUUGUCCGGAGAUGCAAUUAGCAGAUGAGAGUAUCCUAGACGACGAGCCUUGGGAAGAUGGGGGUCUGGACUACUAG